UUGUCAAAACACGACGUACUUAUCAAAAAACAAAAAUGUAUUUGUUUUUGCCCGGCUUGUGGCUAGUUUUGAACUAAACGAUUGUUAAUUUGUUAUUCAAUUCUCACAAGUAGUUUCGAAUUUACACGUCCGUCAUUUUUUAGCCGUACAACAAUGUUGCAGCACACUCUAAAGAAUAUCGCUUCCACAAUCCCUUAUUCCCGCCUCAUUCACUUCCGGUCCAGUCAGCCCACACGCUGCUGCUCAACUGGAAAAAUAGCGUAUGAUGAUGUUUUCGACCAGCUGAAAGAGAAAAUUUACUACAGCUCGGUCGUGGAGAGUAGUAGCACACCUAAGUUGGGUUACGUCAGGAAUAAAAUUCUAGAGCAGCGAGUGCUGAAAGCUGAGCGGCACCAGUUUUAUGACACAGCACAAAUUCAACCUUUUCCUGUGGCCUUGCAACAUUUGUACGGGGAAAAAUUAGACGAGGAUCCCCCGGAGGAGAAUGAUGAUUUCGAGAAAGCGAUUGAUUAUAUCCCCUAUGAGAAAAUGGAACGCACUGUGGGGAAGAUUACUGUGGAAGGAAACCAACCCAGGGAGACAGAGGCUCCGGUUACUGGAGAGUGGAUGUCGGAUUAUGAAUACUACGAGGAAGAUGAGCAGGAUGAUAGAACAUCUUUCUACGGAACACCGGAUCCUCAGGAACCAACGUCGAUUAUUCCAUGCGGAGGCUGUGGGGCCUUGCUGCAUUGUGCAGAACCUAGCAUUCCCGGAUACUUACCUAGUCAGCUGUUCAAGGGCAAAUCAAAGCAGCAGCUAAUGACAACCGUAUGUCAGAGGUGUCAUUUUCUAAAAACGUACAAUACUGCUAUAAAUGUUACCGUUUCGCCGAAAGAUUACGUGGACAUGAUUUCCUCCAUUAAAGAUAAAAAGGCACUUGUGGUCUUGAUGGUCGACUUGCUGGACUUUCCCUGUUCUAUAUGGCCGGGUUUAUCGGAGAUUCUCGGUUCCAAACGGUCAAUAGUUGUUGUUGGUAACAAAGUAGAUCUUCUCCCCAAAGACUGUCCAGGCUAUUUAAAUAAUAUACGAGAUAAUCUAACUAAAACUCUUCUCGAAGCUGGCUUCGAUAGGAACAAUAUCAAACAUGUGGCUCUGAUAUCGGCUACAACUGGUUUUGGCGUUGAGGAGCUCAUCACAAAGAUGCACAACGUGUGGGGACCCCGUGGAGACGUCUAUUUGGUCGGCUGUACGAACGUAGGCAAGAGUUCGCUAUUCAACGCCUUGUUACGAUCAGAUUUCUGCAAGGUGCAAGCUUCCGAUCUGGUUCAACGAGCAACGGCUUGUCCUUGGCCUGGAACAACACUGAGAAUGCUAAAGUUUCCAAUUUUGAGACCAUCAGACUACAGACUGUAUAUGCGAACGAAACGACUUCAGUCAGAGCGAGUUAAGCUUAGGGAAGAGGAACAACUGCGGAAGCAACAGGCGAAACGUACCAAAUCUAUCGAGCAUGCCACAUUGAUAGGCCACAUCGGACGAACUUUCGUCAAGGAGGCUGAAGAAACGAGUGAUGGUUUUUCCGUUAGUCAGAGAGGAUCGGCACAGGCACCCUUACUCACAUUAAAUGAGAAAAGUGAAACCUACAUCAACAGCAAGUGGUGUUAUGAUACCCCUGGAGUUGUUCAACCUGACCAAAUAACGAAUCUGCUUACAACCGAUGAACUUCUUCUGACACUACCAAAGCAGAUGAUACGACCGCGAGCAUACUUGCUAAAAGUUGGAAUGUCUUUAUUCCUCGCGGGUCUUGGUCGCUUGGACUACAUCGAGGGACCUUUCUCGACUCGGGUUCUUCUGUACUCAUCACCAACCCUUCCCACACUAAUCUGUGACACAUCGUGCGCCGAUCAAAUCUACGAACAUCUGCUAGGGUCGCCUUACCUCCUGGUACCCCGUUCCGAUCCGGAGCGUCUGGCCAAGUGGCCUCGUCUCGAGUGCCCGCCGGAUAUUCUGCUAACCGGUACAGAUAAGCACAUUUCUGUGGCGGAUAUUGUUCUUUCAUCUGCCGGAUGGAUUGCCAUUGCCUUACCCACCGGUAUGGAGGCCACUUUUCGCGCAUGGACUCCCGAGAAGCGGGGGAUUUAUGUGCGGCAGCCGUCGCUGCUUCCACACGGGAUGAACCUCAGGGGCAAGCGAAUACGUCGCUCGCUGGCGUAUCGAGUUGGUAAUGCGUUUGUUGUGAAGUAAAUGGAAGUUCUGUUUUGUACUAAUUACAAA